AUGCUCAAGAAACAAUAUGAUAUCGUUAACUUUAUCGAGGUGGACUCGAGAUGGUACCGCGCCACUAUCAUGGCCAAUGAGUACUGCUCAACCAUGGGUAUACCUGGAGAGGAGAAUGUCCAGAUUAUCUGUGACCAUGCUGAAUCAUGGGCAAAUGCUUUAAGUGGGCAAAAAGUUGCUGAUGUCAUCAUCAAGAAAGUAGAACGUGCGGUCGAAGCUGAGCGGAAUGUCAACUUAAGAAGCCAGUACCACGACUUCCUCGAACGACUCAGCGGUGCCUCCGGCCCCUCGGUGCUGCACAUCAUGGGCCAGCCAGGCUCUGGAACCACCAUUUUGUCCGAGCACAUUAUCGAGCUCCUGAGAUCCAAUAACAAUGCUAACCCCAUAUUAGCCUCUUUCACGGUGGCAGGUGUUUCUAGUGCAUCUGGGCUCUCACACACCAUAGAGAUGCUUGUGACUCUAUCCCGGCAGUUUCUCUUGCUCAAGCCAGAAGCGUUCCGGGGCUGCUCACUCCUCUGUUCGUGGAAAUGA